CGCAUGUAGACAUUAGACCACAUCAGAUCAGUGUUUUUGUAUCUGAUGGUAACAGGAGCAGAAGAUUGAAUCUAACCAUGUGGCUCUUUACAUUGCUGACCAUCAUUGCGACAUUUACGGACUGCAUAAAUACUCAAACAUCAUGGACACAAGAAAAGCUGUAUCACAGGGCAAACUCUCUGAGUUCUGCUGAAUUGACCAGGGUUUCGGCCAACACUAACAUAGACCGCAUGUGGAAAAAUGACCUAAAGCCCAUGCUGGUGGUGCGUUAUCCAGGCUCUGCAGGAAGCCACACAGUACAACAGCUGAUUAAAUCUACCCUGGGCUCACUGAAGGCCGGCUGGCAAGUGAAUGAGGACCACUUUCAGGACUACACGCCUUACGGUCACAUGCCUUUUACUAAUAUAAUCGCCACGCUUGACCCCAGCGCCAGGCGACGACUAGUGCUGGCCUGCCACUAUGACUCCAAGUACUUUCCUCCUCAGUGGCAUGGACGGGACUUUCUGGGAGCCACGGACUCGGCUGUACCCUGCUCAAUGUUGCUUGAGCUGGCCAGAGCACUGGAUAACAAUCUAAAGAGUCUCAAGGACUCCGGGUCAGACCUCACUCUGCAGCUGAUCUUCUUUGAUGGUGAGGAAGCUAUGUAUCAGUGGACCUCCACUGACUCUCUGUAUGGGGCUCGCCAUCUGGCCCACAAAAUGGAGAGAACCCCACACCCUCUGGAAUCUACAGACACCAACCAGCUAGAUGGAAUUGAUUUGUUUGUUCUAUUGGACUUGAUUGGUGGUCCCAUGCCUCGAUUUGGUAAUCAGUUCCCCAACACAGUCAGAUGGCUUUCCAGACUCCAAAAUAUUGAACGACGUCUGCAUGCACUAGGCCAGCUGGAGGCUCAUCCUAAUGAGGUGCAGUACUUCUGGCCUGGCAUGCCUGUGGGUCCGGUACAGGAUGAUCACAUUCCCUUUCUUAACAGAGGAGUCCGGGUCCUUCAUCUUAUCCCCACUCCAUUCCCCUCUGUGUGGCACACCUUUGAUGACAAUGAGGAGAAUUUGGACCGCCCCACUAUCCAUAACCUCAACAAGAUCUUGCAGGUUUUUGUGCUUGAGUACUUCAACAAUAAAAGCCAGGAUCCACCACCGCAAGCACCGUAAUAUUUCUUUACCUUCUGUUUAUGCUCUAGUAUAAGACUUGAGGUUUGUUUUUGUUGUAUAUUUUAUGUGAAUUUCAUUGAAAGCUAUUGUACCAUUGGACCAAAUAUAAUUUUGGAGAUCAGGGUAAUGGAUAUAAAUAAGUAUUUACAUUUUGAUAGGUGUAAUGUGACCUAUUUAUAAAACAUAUUAUAUUUAAAUGUUUUUUGAUCUAGCCUUCUACGACUGUAAUAUAAUAUACAUUACAUCCAUUCCUUUAUUCAAAGCAGCUUAUAAGUAAGUCAUAAAUUAUAUAAUUUCUAUAUAAUAAUAUUAUUUGUAUUUGAAUGUUGGUAAAAAUAAAUGUUGCAUGUGCCUACGUUCAAAAGUUCACAAAUGAUCAGUGGUUAUGGUAGCAGAUCCUGUGUGCCUUUUUAUGCCCAUGCCAAUAUUUGUGCCACAGAGAGAUGAAGUUCUUAUUUUGUGUAUUGCACCUCAUAAGUAAAUAGAUAAAAUACAAAUGUCACAUGUUAUUUCAGACUUGAAAUAAAUCAUUCAAUCUACCUAA